UUCUGGUCCUUAUCACCCAGGCGUGCGCAAAGGGCGAUCGGCCCAACCCGACUUGCCCAUUCAUCGUGCACGAUCGAUCGAUCGUCUGGGUAGCCAGUGCAUCCACCCACUCACAUCCACUCAUCCGCCCCAUGCCACCGCCGUCGUUCGAUCCCGACCUCGACUCGUUCUAUGUCUUCAAGCAGCUGGGCGAGCGACUGCUGGACAUUGCUCGCCGUGCCAAGAAAGAAACCAUCAUCGACACCUCGUACUUUAUGUGCUUCUACGGCGAAUGGCACCACGAAACCCUCUUUGAGCUGCUGCUUGAGCGGCUGGACGUGAUCCAGCCCAUCCAGCGAUGGAGGAUCAUGAUCCUGCUCGACUAUGUGUGCGAUCGCACCACCUUAUUCAAGUCCCACAUUGCCGAGAAUUUCGAGGAGCUCUUUCGGCUGACGAUCCCCAGCAACGAUGUCUCAUCCAACGGCGUGCGGUUUGUCAAAAAGAUCCUGAAAAAGUGGGCCAAAGAAGGUUUUGUCCCGACCAAGUCUGUCACCGCUGCCGAAGAGCGGUUGGAGCCUUUCCAGGGCGUCAUCGAUGAGCAGGGUGUCGCUGCCGAGAGGCGCUCCUCCGAUCCCCAUCACGAUCCCAACGUCGUCAUGGGCCUACAUGUCAAGAAGAUCCAGGACAAGAUUGAGACUGAGCGAGAGCAGCACAAGCGGAAUCGAGAGGCAUAUUGGCUGCAGUCCACCAACGACAUCGACAUGCGGAACAGCUCGGGCCAUGCGAUCGAAUUCUCGAGGCUCUGGCAGACGCUGCCUGACCUCGACCAGCGCGACCUCUGCGAUCUCCUCCACGAACAUCAGACCUGGCUCAUGGACACCUGCGGCGAGGACGAAUGGGACCGGUUUGUCGAGCGAGACUGGGAAUCGGCCCCCGCCGACCCGCUCGUAGCAUCGCAUCCAUAUGACUAUCAUGCCGGCGUCCAUGGCGAGGGCGGCUAUCCAGACAACAGCAUCCACGGCCUUGAGCCUCCAUACGCGGCCGCUCCGGAUGAGCAUGCCCGCUCCUCACUCGGAUAUGCGGGUUAUUCAGAGCCGCCUCUGGACGCACAUCCGUCUGGCUAUCGGUCGGACCGCGAUUACGAGCAGCCUCAAGGCCAGGCGCCGCCGUCCUCCCAGCAGCAGUCUGGAUAUCAACACCACGAUUCGAGCAAAUACGACGAGCAGUACUCGGCCUACUACCAGCAACAGCAGCGCCAGAGGCAUCCCGGCUCGCAACAUCCGCACGAAUCUCAGCACGAUUACCACUACCAGCAUCAGGCUGCGCCAGACUACCACGGCUCGAGACAGUCGUCGCAGGGCUACGGCUCAUACCCGUCAUACGAACGCAGCAGCACCCGAGCGGAGAAGUAAGACAAUUACUCCGGUCGUUGCUGGAGAGCGCCGAGAAGCAAGCAUCGCGAUGCCAAAGGGGUCAUAGGUGGCUCUAUUCGGCUGGGUCUUUGGAUUGCCUGGCAAAGCUGGUCCAAGCCAGCCGCACACAAAACGACGACCUCCCCCAGGCAGCAGUAUCGCCAUAUCAUGCGUGCCGCAAUCAAGGGUUGUAGUCGUCAACCAGCAAAACAAUAUCGACUUGGUCGCUGACACCUGGACAUGUGGGGGCGGGGGUGGGGAACAUCAGUGCCAGUGGAACCUGCCAUCCAGACGGGAUGCUGAUAGUCCACUGGGCCAACUGCAAGCAGUUGAUGGUGUUUCAUUGAUGCUGCGCUGCGUCCAUAGUUGCGCAAUACAUACCCUGCAGGAGAAGCUCGCUUG